UCCAAGAUGCGGAUUGUGUGUCCUUCCAACUGUUCACUACAGCCACAGCCCCAUUCAGCAAAGCGGAGGACGAAGGAUACUAGAAGUUGUCUUCCAGCAAGAUUGCACUGUUGCAAACCUGUUCUCUGAACUGGGAACUCUCUAAAUGGGGGGAACCGGGCACAGUUUAAGGAGCACGAAACAGGCCGGGCGGUUCUCGGGGUUGCACUCUGCACCUACUAUUAAGUUCAUCCCACCAUGGAGAUACUAGCGAAAUCGCCCCAAACCCAGAAAAAGGCGCUUCAACCGAACCAGCGGGCUUCUAGUCCCGCCUCCUUUCAUUGGCCUGGGCGAUGCUGCUUCGUCCGGAUUGGGCGGCUACGCUGACUCUGAUGGUGGUCCCGCCUCUCGAUCAUAGUUCUUCCUUAGAGGCGGGCAGUCGACCCAGUUCCUGCUUGCUCAGGCAAGCAGCGAUGGUUCCGAGGUUCCUGUUCCUGGGGCUGCAGGUCUUAUUGCAACUGUGUCGUCUGAAUGCAGGGUCCCCAAGCUCGUCGCCGCAUCUGGUCUUCAUCCUGGCCGACGAUCUAGGCUGGAACGAUGUGGGCUGGCACGGCUCUCAGAUCCGCACUCCGAACUUGGACGCGCUGGGUGCCGGCGGAGUGCGCUUGGAGCGCUACUAUGUACAGCCCCUGUGUACUCCCUCUCGCAGUCAGCUGCUGACCGGCAGGUACCAGAUCCAUACAGGUUUACAGCAUCAAAUAAUUUGGCCUUGUCAGCCAAGCUGUGUCCCACUGGAUGAAAAACUCCUGCCUGAGUUGCUUAAAGAAGCAGGCUAUGUUACGCACAUGGUGGGGAAGUGGCAUCUAGGAAUGUACAGAAAAGAAUGUCUUCCUACCUAUAGAGGAUUUGAUACUUACUUUGGCUACCUUCUUGGAAGUGAAGAUUAUUAUUCUCACGAGCGCUGCGUGCCUAUUGUGUCUAAAAAUGUGACCAGAUGUGCCCUUGAUUUUCGAGAUGGAGAAAAAAUUGCUGAGGGAUUUAAAAAUAUGUAUUCUACUAACAUAUUUACAAAAAGAACUCUUGAUCUUAUAGCAAGUCAUCAGACUGAGAAGCCAUUAUUUCUUUACGUUGCCCUACAAUCUGUCCAUGAGCCCCUUCAAGUACCUGAAAAAUACAUAGAGCCAUAUUCUUUUAUCAAAGAUGAAAAGAGACGCAAAUAUGCUGGAAUGGUUUCCAUAAUGGAUGAAGCUGUAGGAAAUAUCACUUCCGCCCUGAAGAGAUAUGGCCUUUGGAAUAAUACCAUUCUCAUCUUUUCUACAGAUAACGGAGGCCAAACUCUGGGAGGUGGAAACAACUGGCCCUUAAGAGGAAGAAAGUGGACAUUAUGGGAAGGAGGAGUGAGAGGAGUUGGAUUCGUUGCCAGUCCUUUAUUGAAACGGAAAGGAGUCGAAAGCCAUGACCUGAUCCACAUUUCUGAUUGGCUGCCAACUUUGGUGAAGCUUGCUGGAGGACAUACCAAUGGCACAAAGCCUUUAGAUGGCUCUGAUGUCUGGAAAACAAUCAGCGAAGGAAAACCAUCACCCAGGAAGGAGAUACUUCAUAACAUAGAUCCAAUUUUCGUGGAUCCAUCUCCAUAAACAGGCUACAGGAAGAAGAUAUUGAAGCUCUGUGGAGGGGAAUUGAUGCACUGGCUGAUUGAGCCCCCAAAGCAGGAUGAGGUGAGAAUUUCCUGCAGUGGACCACCCACAUGUUCUGCAGAGUUGUAGGACGAGCUCUCCAAAAUGAAUUAAAAAGCCACUGUUGCUGUAAUUUCCAAUAAGCCAGUGAAGAGUCAGGAAUAAAUCAACUGAGCUUCAAAACAGAUAACGUCAUGUGAACAAUUAGGACUGGAGCCAAUCCUGAAGUGAUGCAAAAACAUUUGUCUGGAUGUAUUCCCAUUCAUCCUGUUUUAUAUGCAAAAUGUGUUGAUUAUCUUUGUUUGAGUGCUGAGAAUUGGAACAGUUUGUCUGAAAGAUUAAAUAUCUUUCAAAUAUUGAGUUUUAAACCUUGCUAGAAUAAUUAUUAUUUCCGAAACACAUGUUUGGAUUAGAGAAUCCACCACUGGUGAUUUGCUCAAUAUAAUUUCUCUUGAAAAGAACAUUGGUACUUGAAGAAUUACAAACACAUAUUGCCAAACAUUUUCCUUUAAAACAGAUGACCAACUUAUAAAAUAAGGGCUGGUAUGAUUCUACACACAUGAUUUUUUAUAACCUGGGAAAACUAUGACUGAUAGGACAUGAAGAAGACUGCUUCGGUCCUUUUCAGGUUAAAAAAAAAGCACAAUUUUUAAGCUGCAAAAAAGAAAAGGGAAAAUGACAUGGAUUCCCUAUUUCAGCUUAGAGAUGUUGGUUUUAUAAUGACAAUAAAAAUGAUAGCAUGGAUGAAAAAAUGCAGCAACAUUUAUAACAUGUUUCAGCAAACACAUUGAAAUAAAUUGUAUCAUUUUUAAUACUUCAGGCUCAUUUUCUGAAGUGCUUGUCCAGUGAGUAGUAUUUCCUCAUAGUUUUUUUUUCCUAGUAAAAACAACAGUUUUGUGUUAUCUUCAAGACUAACACAUUUAUUUUUGGAUAAUUAUUUGUGCAUCUAAUCUUAGUUUCCACAAGAUCCUUUGCUGUUUUCACUGCAAAAGCGUAACACAGUUAUCCACUCUAAAAAGUAUUCCAUUAUUCCUCAGUUCCAAUUUAUUAUUAUAUUGUUUUAAUAUUUAAAAAAAACCAGUAAGGUUUAUGCAUCACCAUGGUUAAGGCAUAAAGGCCUGGUCAUUCUUUGAAGGCCAUAAACUUUUAUUUGUAAACCACAGUUGUCUUCAUGAAACACACUAAGAUCAAAUGAACCAUAUUGUGUUUCAUGAACACAACUGUGGUUUACAUACAAAAGUUUAUAGUAUACAAAGAGUGAACAGGGCCAAAUAACCAUGGUGAUUUGUAGCCAACGUAUACAUACAAGCACACAUCCAUAUAUAAUAUUAUCUGAAGUGGUCCAUUUGUAAUAUUCAAUUGCAUCAUGAACAGAUUUUCCUUUAGACACCUUUGGCUCAUUAUUUAAACUUGGAUAGUUUCCCUGUUUGUAUGUUUAAUAAAUAAUGACAUCUUGAUUAUCUUGCUAUCUUGAUUUUAGCAGAUUAACUGCUGUAUUUUGAUUGUAUUUUCUCAAAGUUCUAAUAAGCUAGCAAAACCUAAUGAAAAAUAUUGGAACUCUGACCACUUGCAUAUUUACAUUAAUUAUAAAACACAUUUAAGAACUUCACACACCUACACACUAACUUGUGUAUGUCUGUUUAGAAUUAAGUUACUUGGAAUUCAGUGGAAACAGUUCUCAUCCAGAUGAAAUACGUAAAAUUGCAACUUAGAAAGAAGGACUUGGUUUUCCAGCAGUGGCAUCCACAGUAACUUACAGCAAUAAAAAUAAUAAAUGCAACACAGCACAUUAUUAAUGAAUAAAGUAGCAGCAAAAUAUCAAAGAUGAAGAAUAGGACAUUUCAGAGAUAUGAAAAUAAUUCCGUUUCUGCACAUGGCACAUCUUUGGCACAAUCUAAUAUGCAUCAUAUCAGAGAAAAUAAUUUUUUAAAAGUUUAUUCAUUGACAACAAAAUUAUAAGUAAAUAUAUUCACCAGAAUACACCCAAAUUUUAACAUAGACUUGUCAGAAAACAAUUCACAAAUUAAAAUUAAAGACCGAAUUUCAUUUAUUUGCAGUAAAAUUUACCAAUUUACAUACGUUUUCCUGUCAGCAUUAUAAUUGAAGUCUAAAAUAUUUGGAAGCGAUCAAGCUUAUGAAAGUUGUUAGCUACUCAGAACUGUUACUGAAAUCCUUUUUUCUUGAUCAAUAAUCUAUAGAUUUUCAGGCUUUCUUGAUCUUCUGUGUAGUCAGAAUUUCAAACGAACAUCAAAUUAAAGACAAACUGUUCCCUGAUGAAUACACUAAAUUAACCAUACUAAGAACUCACAAAAUAUAUGUUUCAAAUUAGGUGACUUAUAUGCAUUGGAACAAUAUUUCAAAAUGUAAUAUACACAUUUGGUACAACUUUGCAUCUUUCCUUUUGAAAAACAGUUCUGCAAGUUAUUGAUAGCUUGGCAACUCUGAGGGUGACGUCAGCUCUUCCAUUGUGAAGGAUCUGCUUUCUUUUAGAUUGUCUUAUGGCAUUUCAUCAAGUUUCAGUGAUUCAGCUGAAUUAAAAACCAGCUGGCUUUGAAUCAAAAUUUCCUUAACUGCUAAACCGUAUUCCUAACCACACAGACUUUGCUCUAUGGCCUGUCACAUACAAACCCUCAAACAUUGUGUUCUACCAUAUUCAAUUUUAUUUUUUCAUAAUCUGAAUUGAAUGAUGAUAAAAAUAAU